AAAAAGAGAGAGAGGGGAGGAAACAGAGGGAGGGAGGGAAAACAGGGAGAGGAGGUGCAGUCGAGUCGAGCUCAGUGAUCCGGACUGAGGGAGUGAGUGAGUGUACGAGCGAAUGAGGCGACAGAGCGGAGGUGACAGCGGAGAAUGGAGAGGAGCCCUGUCCGCCCGGCGAGCUUUGACGGCGGCGAGCGCGGAGAAGCUACUCGGUCUUUUCCUUCUGGAGGCGUCGCGCUGAAAGGAACCGGGAGGAAUUAACUUGGAGGCAAAAGAAAGGAAUGGCUGAUCCUCUGCGGAGGACUUUACUAGCCAAACUCCGGGGGAAGAAAGCCAAGAAAGUAGCGACGGUCGGCGCUGGUGGUGGAUACGGUUCUUCUGCUACGGCUGCUGCUGCUGCUGCUGCAGCGGCGAACGGCGGGGGCCGAGAAGGUAAAGAAAAAGUUUUACAGACGCAGACAAACUCCGAGCUGCCGGGUGUGUUGCUCACGGUGCGAAUGAGCACGUACGAGAACUGCGUUGACGGGGCGGCAGUGGUUGGAGGCGUCCGGGGGAGACGCGCAGCGGAGUCCGCCGCCGCGCGUCCUCCAGAGGGCUGCGACGGGGCAGGGGCAGGGGGUAGGGUUCGGGUUAAUGAGCAGCUACUGGGGGUCGCACUUCAAAGAGAGGAGAUGUUUGGGGAACUUAUGUGCAGUCUGGGAGAGAGGAGCCACCAGGGACCCGCAGAUAAGAUCACACUGAAAGCACCGCAUGUCCAGAGAAAACACUUCGUCUCGGUGCCGCGUCAGUGCAGCGUCGGGGAUUCCAUUGGGUUUGGGGACAAUUCUAAGCACGUUUUGUGCCGAAUACCAGCCCAGACUCACACGGGGGGAGGUAAACAUCCAGAGGGAACAGCAGCUAUUACUGAUAGUGAGGGGCCAGAGCCCAGAGACAGGGCAGAGUCCCAGCACAUGGUAGGAGCCGCUGUGUCCCUGCAGGAAAACAAUGACAACCGGGGCUUUGACAGCGAUCCAAGUUUCGAGACGGACUCACACCAAUGCGCGGCACUUCUGCAUCCAAAUGCCAUUCCCACAAACAUAGACGAGAGCAUUUUAUUCCAAACUAUUGAGAGCUACGGGCCAGAGUAUGCAGGGGAGAUUAAAGGGACGGUAGGGAGUCUGCAGAGCCCGACGUUUUCCCCUACAGAGUUAGAAAUAUGCGACAUAAACAUGGCAUCCCUGUGCGCCACACAGAGCUCCAUCAGAUACUCGUUAGACAGCGAGGAUGAUUAUUAUGACAAUGAAAUCCUGCCCUUUUAUGAAACCAUUAGAGUUAAAAGUGACGAGGCUGCAGAGCUGCCAGCGUCAGGUCAGGAGAAAGGCCAGCUCCAUGACAGCAACAGUGCUCAGGAAACAGACAGACUCAGAAACCAGCUCAAAGAGGCCUAUUAUCUCCUCAUCAAUGCUAUGAAUGAUAUUAACAUGGACGUGCAGCAGGUUAGUGCUGUUCUGUCCGCUUCGUCCUGCAGCAGCCACUCCAGAGACAGUCUGUGCUCCAGGUCGUCUGCCAAAAACAUGGACAGCGACUCCUGGUCCUCAGGAGGAGAGCCCAGCCCACAGCAGGUGUCAGACACCGACUCCCUUCUGCUGUGUCUUAGUGGAAACACCGAGACAGAACUCAAAGGCAGGUUAAACAGUAAAAGUAUGGCCGACCUUCCCGUGACCGAGUCAAGACCAUCAAUACAGCGCUCCGCUAGUGACGGAGCCAUCAGGUACCCAGAGGGUCUCAUCACCUCUGCUAAGGUCACUGGGAGACAGCGAUCUGAAAGCUGCGAUGAUACACAGUCCAAAGAAGUCGAGGAGGGUAUCAUGAGAGGAGAGGGCGAGCUCUCUGACCACAACGCCAUCAGCAGUGAUGAGCUGCUGCAGGACGCUGGUGCUGAGGAGGAGACCGGCAGGGAGCUCAACGAGAGCAGCGGCUCCGUCAACAGCCUCACAGGGUCUUCUGACAGCAACACAGAGGCAUCAGCUCAUCAGGGUCACCACAACAACGGGGAGCUGAUGACGGGGGCCCGAGCACAGGUGCUCCACAAGGGCCACGGCGUCACCGUCAACAAGAUGCAAGAGUGGAUGCACAAGGGCCGCCUGCUGUCUUCAGAGAUGAAGCAGCGAAUAGAGGGCUCAUCUUUACCCCGCGCUGGAGGUCCACACCAGGACCAGUCCAGUCCCCAGGCUAGCCACAGUGGGUCGAAACCUGUGGUCCAGACGUCUAACCGUGGGCUUAAGUCUGGCAAGACAAAAUCUCCUACACACAAGUCACCACAACUGCAGCAGCCAGCUUUUGUUGAAAAUGCCCAAACCCCCUGUGUUAACGGUCGUGAGGUUGGCAGAGCCAACGAGCCUUCGGCGUGGAGGCAGCCGCUCACGACCAUCACUGUGUCCAAGAAACGCAACUGGCUUCAGCAGAGCACCCUGGGAAAGUCCUACAACACUAGGGAUGAGCCCCAGGGCAUGCUGGGAGCAGAGGAGGAGAACAGCCAUGGAUUCUGUCAGCUGCCUCCUCCUUCCAGCCCCUCCCCAGACCACCUGAAACCCUCAGGGGGAGCGCCAAUGCGGCCGGUUCGCCUCCAGCUGCCCCAGGUCUGCGUUGGCCAGACCAAAGUGUCUCCAUAUCCUCGAAACGUGGAUCCAGCUGAAGAGAACGACGCCGAUGAUGAAGGAGAGAUCUGGUACAACCCUAUCCCUGAAGAUGAAGAACUAGUGUCUUCCCACCGUUCCUCCAAUCGAUUGCUGGUCCCACCGCGAACAGAACCUGAGAGGAGGCCCAGCAGAGGAGCCGAUGUGGGUCAGGGAGGCAGGUCCCUGGAGGGCAUCGUUACACCCGAGGCCGUCGGCGAAGUCCUCGGGGGCAAUUUAGGAGACGGGAGUCAGGGGAAUACUGUACAUUCCACAGAGGCACUACAUCUGCACAGACAGAUGCUCGCGUGCAAACCCCAGGAGGAGGGGGGGGCUUCCACCAGCAGAGCCACAGAUGGUGUUGACCUGCCCAACGCCGUUGGCUUCUCCCCUCCUUCCAGCCCCAACCCGGCUAAGAAGAGCAGCUCCAUCAACUGGUCAUUCCCAGACAAGAUCAAGUCACCGCGCACCGUCAGAAAGAUCUCCAUGAAGAUGAAGAAACUCCCGGAGCUGAGCCGUAAACUCAGCGUUAAGGGACACCCCAGCAGUAAUGGAGGCAGUCAACCGGAGCCAAGGGCUCACUCGCCCAAAAACACCGGCAGUGGGCCGGACACUGUAACCCAAACGUCGGGUUCUCCCAGAUUGGCUCCAUCUGGGGGUGGACAGGCUAGUCGUAAUGUGAUCUCACGCUACCACCUGGACAGCAGUGUGUCCACUCAGAGCAGCUUCAGUAAGAAGAAAAGUGACGGCAGCUCCAAGUCGGCCAGCAAAGGAGGCUACCUCAGUGAUGGAGACUCGCCAGAGCUGGUGGCCAAGUCUGGGAAGCACGGCUCUGCAGAAGGGAAGGGAGCGGCGAAAGGCAAGGAGAUGGAGGGAAGUGGAGGCUCCAAGCUCAGCGGCACAGAGCUUGACAUUGACGCCUUCCGCCAUUACAGCUUCACAGAGCAGCCCAAAUGCAGCCAGUACAUCUCUGGACUCAUGAGCCUGCACUUUUACGGCGCAGAGGACCUCAAACCUCCCCGCGUCGACUCUCGAGACGUCUACUGCGCCAUUCAGGUGGACUCAGUCAACAAAGCACGGACCGCUCUCUUAACGUGUCGUACUACUUUCCUGGACAUGGACCACACGUUUAACAUAGAACUGGAGAACGCCCAACACCUGAAGCUGGUGGUGUUCAGCUGGGAGCCCACGCCGAGGCGCAACCGCGUCUGCUGCCACGGCACGGUGGUGCUGCCUGCUCUUUUCCGAGUGACACGUUCCCACCAGCUGGCGGUGAAGCUGGAGCCACGGGGGCUGAUCUACGUCAAACUGAGCCUGAUGGAGCAGUGGCAGAACUCUCUGGACGGGAGGCCAGAUGGAGACAGGGAGCCGCAGGUGUUUGGACUGGAAGCGUGGAGGGUGGUGGAGAGGGAGAACUCAGGACAGAUGGUGCCGCUGCUUAUAAGCAAAUGCAUCAAUGAGAUAGAGAAGCGGGGCUGCCAGGUGGUGGGUCUGUAUCGUCUGUGUGGAUCUGCAGCUGUGAAGAAGGAGCUACGAGAGGCGUUCGAGAGAGACAGCCUGGCUGUGGCGCUGUGCGAAAACACGUAUCCUGACAUCAACGUGAUCACAGGCGUACUGAAGGACUACCUACGAGAGCUUCCCUACCCUCUGAUCACCAAGCAGCUGUACGAAGCCGUGUUGGAGUCCAUGGCCUCCAGGCCUCUGCGUAUGGGAACGGCGGGCUGUGAGAACGACCACGCCGACUCGGAACACACUACCAGCCUGUUGGAGAACCUGCCGGAGGUGGAGAGGAUGACCCUGAGGAGACUUCUUGACCACCUGAAGCUCGUCGCCUCCUACCAGGACGUCAACAAGAUGACCUGUCAGAACCUGGCGGUGUGUUUCGGCCCCGUGUUGCUAAGCCAGCGUCAGGAGGCGUCGUGUCACACCAACCGCGUCUUCAUCGACUCAGAGGAGCUGGCCAGUGCUCUGCACUUCAAGAAGCACAUCGAGGUCCUGCACUACCUGCUGCAGCUGUGGCCAGUUAUAGACCCAUACAGCCAGUCGUCCAUUCAGACUCCAGCAAUCUCUCUGCUACAGGCUCCAUCGGACCAGGUCUCUGCUCCUCCUCUGCGCCGGAGAAAGGAGCGCCCCCAGUUCCUGAACCUCUCUGAGGCUGAGAUGGCAGGUGUUCUGAGGCCUAAACCUGGCCGAUUGGACAGUCCCAGCAACCGCUACGCCGGCGACUGGAGCGGCUGCGGUGAGAGUUACAUUCCCUCCGAAAUACUGCUGCCCUCCAGCAGAGAGGAGGCGGACUAUGACGACGUGCCUUCUGAGGACACGGAGGCAGCGGAGGACGGCCAGCAGAAAUCCGAAGAUGUGCAGGACAAUGUAGAGCAGAAGGACACAUGUCCAGUGAGUGAUCCUCCAGACCUGGACCAACCUCAACAAGAGGAUUUGGUCAAAUUCGAAGAGAGCGAGGAUUGGACGGACGAAGAAAAGCAUCUGGAAAAUGAUAUUCCCGGCAACACGCAGAUAUUAGAAGACGAGGUGCAAGAGGAAAGGAUGUGCGACCACAUCCUGCCUCCUCCGCUACCCAAAGAGCACACCUACCAGGCCUACAUGAAGAUCCAGGACAUCAGCCCUGUGCUGAGCAACAGAGUGAACCUCAGAGACCUGCAGGAGAGCAUCGACACUCUGAUAGGAAACCUGGAGAGAGAACUGAACAAGAACAAGCUUAACAUCGGAUACUGACUGCCGGCAGACACACACAGCUACACACACUCUCUCGAAAAGUCUGUUCAGGUUCAGGUUGGUCCUUCUAUACCAGUUGAGAUGCUUCAGAAAUCCAGCCACAGUGUUUCCAUGGAGGUCCUGUGAGGUCACUCUGGCGCCGCUGCUGUAAGAAACCGUUUGAGGAUGAAAUGGGAGAAAAUGUAACAGGGCACUUCUGGUUUGUUCGUACUUUACCCACAGUCAUUCCUAAUGUUUUGGUUUUCCGUUGAUUUGUUGACUGUUUAACUUCAUGUUUUGGUUGAGUUUGGUUCUGUGUUCCGUGUUGUUAUUGUUGCUUCUCUUCUUAUUAGAAGAACCCAUUCACCCCUCAGGGGUUUAAAAGGUGCCUUAAUUGUGCGAAGGUGGUACACCCAGGUUCUAACGAAAAAAAUCCAUCCAGGAAUUGAAUACAUUAUCUCCUUUUCACGUUGAAUCAUCUUAAUGAUUAGUCAAAGUAUUUUUUCAGUUAAAAAGAUUUACUUUUGUGAGGUACGACUCUCUCCUGGGUACUGAGAUCCAACACUGCGAACUGGUACUAAAUCAGAAAAAAGUUACCAGGAAAAGAAUGUUUUUUCACUCACAUUCUUAACAAAACACACCAGUGUUUGACUUAUUCUUGGCAGAAUUGGAAAAUUAGCAUUAUGGUGUGGACAGGAAAGACAGAAUUAACAAAUCAGGAAAAUGCUAAAAAAAAGUCAGAGUCCUGCCACUCCUCGCAUACUUUGGUCAAAACAAGGAUGUUCUGUUUUAACAAUACUAUUAAAUUUUGCGGCCAACAUUUUCUGGCUUUUGCCCUUCCUAUUCAUGGAAUUAGAUAUUCCAGGAGCUGGAUAGAAAUUCUCCUUAAAAAUCCAGAGACAAUAUUUUGUGGGUCCUGUUUAUUUUCCUAAUUUCAGCUGCGGAGAGUUUUCCUAUAGAUGAAACACGAAAUGUUAUACAACAGUAAUGCACUUAAGAGGUAGACGAUAGGGUCACAAUAGAAACACAGUAAAAAUUAAAUGGCUGUGGGCUGAAAGGAGGGAGGAACAACCGCCGAAUAAAUGUGUCAUUUUCUAAUAUAUGUCGAAAUUUAUUAAGCUUAAGUUUGUUUGUCAAGUUUGAACACCUAUCUACACUCUGCUAUCAGACUGGUUCUAUAAGAGGGGGAUUGACUUUGUUUCCUGAUUUGUUUCAACAUUGAAUCAGAAGAACACAUUUCAUGUGGGGAAUUAUAUCAAAGUUUAAUAAAGGAAUAGUUCAGAGAUUAGGGGAAGUUUUUUUUUUUUUUUGGACUCGUUUGCCAAGACUUUGAUGAGGAGAUCAGUCACAUUCUGACAUUGAAAUUCUGACCACAGUCUAAGUACCUUAGCUAGAGGAACAUUAUAGUGAGAAAUUACGAGCAUGCUCCCUGUCUAAUUCAUUUACAGUAAGUGUUGUAAAAAGCUUAGAGGUUAAAGUUCAAUAAAACCCUAACCCAUUUUAGACAACCAUGGGCUAAAAACUUUGGCUAAAAAAUAUAUUGUUUCUCCACAGUGAAAAUGUAAAUCUUCACCUUUAAACCCCCUCUGCUUCUCCCAGCUGUUGGCAAAAACCGUGAAUUAAUAACAGCUCAAAUGUGAAGCACAACUUUUCAGAGCAGCCGCAAGCUUCUGUUAGUACAGCUCAUUUACCGCGUAGCUGCCUAAAUCGACAAAGGAUGUUUUCAAACAAUCCAGGGAUUCAGAAUGAUCAGUAUUUAACCUUUUAUGUAAAUGUAUAUAAUUAUAUAAAUGUAUUCGGAGUAUAUUAUUUUUUACAGCUUCUGUUUGAACGGCGUAUUUAAAUACUUCUGAUGACCUCGUAGUGUUGACUUUUCGCAAUAGUUGCUUCUUUUUUUUGCUUUCCUCAAGCUACCUGUACACAUGUUAAUGUGCUGGACUAAUGGUACAAAUUCAGCUGUAAUAUAUAUGAUGCCAUUGUGCUCUCGCAGUAAAAAGGUGAUAUUUUUGUUAUAUUGUGUAUACAUGUAUAUUUGACAUUGUUUCAUGUCUCUGCUGGACUAAGCUGUGUUCCUGUGUUGUUGUUUUUUAAGGUACUGAACGUUGCAUGGUCAAAAGCUUUACCGACGUAAACAAGGCUCUGUCUCACCCGCCUUUGUAUUUGAUAUUUAUGUGUAAAAAAAAGUCUAUUUUGAAAUGUAUGCUUGUUUGUUUAUCACUCUGUUCCUGGAAUAAACAGAUAUUGGUGUCAUUCAAAAUUUUCUCCAAAUGACUUAGAGGCUUUUUUUUAAGAUGAUGUAACAUUUAGGUUUAUGUUACAGAUAAAGUCCUUUUAUUGUCGCAUAUAGAAAUCCUCAUAUUUUGCUGAUUAAAAAUUCUUAUAUAGCUUGUUUUUUUCCUACUUUGCUCACUUCAACUUUUUCUUUUCUUACUUUAUGGUAAUUUAUGGUAAUUGUUAGUGUUCUGAUCCACAGUAAAACUGAAGUUGCUGCUGCUGUGAAAUUAAUUUCAGCAGGGUUCCUUCAGACCAUCUGUCUUUUCCCAGCGUUCAGACACAAACAGGGGCCUUGUUUGCAUAAGUCAAUAAAGAGCCAAAAAGUAAAAGAAUAUAAACUCUGAAACUCACUUCAAGUUUAAAAUAAUGGCUCACAGAGACAGGUUUACGCCGUUGCUGCAGAACUACAAUGAAUAAUUUAAAGAUCCCUCGACCGAUUUCCCUGUAGAGGCCAGUCUGAAAAAUGUGUUUGGACUGCAAUUUCAUGAUUUCUACCCUGGCUUCUGGUCUAGUGUCGAAUUUUCACAUUAAACAUCUCUUUCUCUUUUAAAAAAAGUAAUUUACCUGAUUCUGUCCAAAUAGUAACAUUGUUGCUGUGAGAGAAGACCCAGAAAGUGCAAUUUUUGCCUAAAUUGGGAAAAAGAAUGAGAUUUUCUGGACAGUUUUGCUCAGUGAGCAGGUGAGCAGACCAGCAGCAUGUGUUUUGCAUCCGAGCUAACGAGGCUAACGCCAGCUGUUUCUCUUCUGGCUUAAUGUGUCUUUCUCCAGGACACCACCAUCUUCCCGUCAGUCUUUUCUCUGCCCUGUGUUGAUAAAGACCAGUUCAAACUUCGGUCUUGGAAUAAAAGUCGUCCGUGAAGUUUUACAUGCCUUGAAAGACAUUUGAAGUGAGCACCGUGAUUCGGCUUCUUCAUCCCUGCAGCGAUCUGUGUUGACGCAGAGCCAUAAACUGUCAAAUUCAUUUUAAACAUUUAUUCUGUGAUCCACAUCCAGCUUCAUUGAUUUCAAUGUUUUUCAUGAUCCGCCGCUGAUAAAGUCACUAUCCAAUCGCCUUCAUGUUACAUCAAACACAUUUGUCCUCUUUGUCUUUUGGAGAAAAAAAAAAGUCAGCUAACUAAACACAAAAUGUGCUCUGUAUUGAUCCUAGGAAAUGUAUGAUCAUAAUAAAACAUAUUAUUUUACA